AUGGAGAAAAUAUUCAAAAAAAUCCGUGCAAGAGAAGAAAGAGACCAGCAGCAGGAAAGUACAGAGACAGAGGUAGAGAGUGAACCACCUUCGCGCUCGGCGUCCGGCGACCGCGCCUCAGACCGCCCGUCGUUCGCCGGCGUCCUCCGCUCCUCCGCAGCUGCCCGCAGGAGCUUCGCCCGACGCCGCAGCAAACAGGCGAUUGACGCCCCCUCAACCCACUCGACGCCUGCACCUCCGCCUCGUCUGCAGCCUGCCGAUCCGCGCCUCUGCCCGAGCACCGGCGUCCCUGGUCCACCCCUCCGCGCCGGCCACCGCUGCUCGAGGCCCCGCCACACCUGCUCGCCGCGCCACCGCCGCUCCGCCAGCAACUCGCUUGUCCCCGACGCUCGAAGGCAGCAGCCCGCGUCUGCAGCAGGAUCUCUACCCUCCGCCGUCAACCCAGCACCUCCGCUGCCGCCGUCGUUCGCCAGUUCUUCGCCCGACGGCCCGCUCCCUGCAAAUCCGCUCGAGCACCCCUUCGACCCAGCAGCCAAGCAGCGCCUGCAACUCCGGCUGCUGCUUCACGGUCGCCGGAGCUCCGUCCGCAUCGCCUCGCCAGCACCUACGCCGUCGCCGUCUGCCACCGCUUCCCUCCGCCCGAGCGCCACUCAGCCGGCGCCGCACCACCUCUGCCGCGACCAGCAGCAACGCCUCUGUUCCCCUUUGCUGGUUGCUGCACGCCGCGCCACCUGCCGUUGCCGCGCGCCCACUGCCCUACUCCGCCCGACGUCCGACAGACUGGGCUCCUGCCUCCGCCGACGCCGUGUCACCGCUCCUGCCUCAGCCGUGUGUCGCCCUUCGCUGCUUUUCCUUUCCAAAGCCUCCUCUUAG